UCGGGACUUGUGCCAUGAAGUCGAGGGCAGAUCAGGGAGUCGUUGAUGCUCGGCUAAACGUGUAUGGUGUGACAAACCUCAAGGUUGCAGACUUGUCCAUCGUGCCGAAGAUUGUUGGUACGAACACUUAUUCGACGGCGCUCCUCGUUGGAGAGAAGGCUGCGAUGAUCAUUGCUGAAGACUUGGGUAUUAAAUGCAGGCCGUGAAGGUCGUUUCCGAAACUGCUCAAGCG